AGAGAGGGAGAGGAGAGCGCGAUUGAACGAGAGCCAGCCGAGCAGCGAGACCGUCUGAGGGGAAAGGGGAGGGGGGCGCCUUCGACCACUGCCAGCACCCUCGCGAAAGGCUUAUCGGCGUCCGAGCAUCCCCACCUGGGGAGGAGGCAGAAACAUGACAACUGAAAAGAGUUUAGUGGCAGAGUCUGAGACUCCUAAACAGCAGCCCCCAAAGGAGGAGGAGGUAGUUGCUGAAACUGAUCCCCAGGAAUCUUUUGUGGAGAAAGCACCCGAGGGGGAUAAUCCAUCCAAGAAGAAGCUGAAAGCAUCCAAUGGUGACACACCCACCCGAGAAGACCAGAGUAAGAACAAAGAAUGCAGUUCUGAAACUCGUGGCCUGUCACGCUUAUUUUCAUCACUUCUCAAGAGGCCCAAAUCUCAGGUAUCAGAAGAAGAAGGCAACGGGGCAGGAACAAAAGAACUUGGUGAAGAACACCAGAAAGAGGCUGAUAUAGAAGUUGAUCUCAAUGAAGAGAUUUUGCUGAAAGCCCCAAUAGCAGCUCCUGAACCUGAACUUAGGACUGAUCCGUCUUUAGAUCUUCACUCACUCAGCAGUGCAGAAACUCAGCCUGCUCAAGAGGAUAGGAGAGAAGAUCAGGACCAAGAUCCAGAGAACAUAGAUCUUGAAAUUAAGGAAGAAAAAGAGCAGGUGGAGUGUUCCAAUACAGGUGAAAAAAAAGAAAACAAGGGAAAGGUGGAAAAAGAAUUAAAAAGUGCUCCCAAAACAGUAAGAAGACCCCGAAAUAGCAUGCAUUGCAAGAUUACCUUACUGGAUGAUGCAAUUUUUGAGUGUUCUGUGGAUAAACAUGCCAAAGGACAAGAUCUUCUUAAGAAAGUAUGUGAUCACCUCAACCUUUUGGAAGAGGACUAUUUUGGACUGGCCAUAUGGGAUACUCCAACGUCUAAGACAUGGUUGGAUGCUGCCAAAGAGAUAAAAAAACAAGUUCAUGGAGGUCCAUGGAUUUUCACUUUCAAUGUCAAGUUUUAUCCUCCGGACCCAGCACAAUUAACAGAAGAUAUAACAAGGUAUUAUUUGUGUCUCCAGUUAAGAAAAGAUAUUAUUAAUGGGCGGCUUCCUUGCUCCUUUGCUACGUUAGCUUUGCUGGGUUCCUACACAAUCCAAUCUGAGUUAGGAGACUAUGACACAGAUCUACAUGGUGCAGAUUAUGUCAGUGAAUUUAAAUUUGCCCCAAACCAGACAAAAGAACUAGAAGACAAGAUCACAGAAUUACAUAAAUCAUACAAAUCUAUGAGUCCAGCUCAAGCUGAUAUGGAAUUUCUUGAGAAUGCUAAAAAGCUGUCAAUGUAUGGAGUUGAUCUUCAUCAAGCCAAGGACUUGGAAGGUGUAGACAUCACUCUAGGAGUCUGUUCCAGUGGUCUUCUUGUCUACAAAGAUAAAUUGAGAAUCAACCGUUUUCCUUGGCCCAAAGUGUUAAAGAUUUCUUACAAGCGCAGCAGCUUUUUUAUCAAGAUCCGGCCUGGCGAGCAUGAACAAUAUGAAAGUACUAUUGGAUUCAAACUUCCUAGUUAUCGAGCAGCUAAGAAAUUGUGGAAAGUCUGUGUUGAACAUCACACAUUUUUCAGAUUAACAUCAACUGAAGCGCUCCCCAAGAGCAGAUUCUUGGUGCUGGGUUCUAAAUUUCGCUACAGUGGCCGGACACAAGCUCAGACCAGACAAGCUAGUGCCCUGAUAGAUAGACCUGCACCACAGUUUGAACGAACAGCAAGUAAGCGUGCUUCUAGAAGCCUUGAUGGUGCUAAACGUGGCUCUCAAAAAAUUCAGUUCAAACUCGUAGAGGAGGAGAAGCAGGAGGAUGUGGUGUUGGUUGGGGUUCCGGAAUCAGAACCCAUGGAACAAUUUCAGGAGAAGCCAGCUAUGCAUGUUCUUGACAUAAGUACAAUAAAAGAAGAGGAGAAAGAAGAAAAAUCAGUUGUACAGGAUCUAGACCCAAAAUCGAUAUUACUUGAAACAAUUCAGGAAGAGUCAGCAGUAGCAGUGGUUACACCUGAUAGAAGCCCGCGGCCUACAUCUGCACCAGCUAUUGCUCAGAGCCAUGUUACUGAACCAAUUGUACCAGCUGCAUCUGUCAGCAAAGAACCAGCCGUUCUUAAAACUGAAAAGGAAACAGUAAAAAAAGAAGUAAAAGUUGAAGGAACUUUACAAGAUAAAGCCAAAGCAGAACCAGCUGAAGGAUUUCAGGUGGGGAAAAUGCAUAUCAAAAUGUCAAUACCCAGCACAAAUGGCGACCAAAAUCAGCAGCGUGCAGAAAAAGAGGAAGACCCGAUAAGAAUGAGGAAGAAGAGAUCAAAGAGGCUAGAUGGUGAAAACAUUUAUAUAAGACAUAGCAAUUUAAUGUUGGAGGAUCUAGAUAAACCCCAAGAAGAAAUAAAGAAGCAUCAUGCUAACAUCAGUGAACUGAAGAAAAACUUCAUGGAAUCUUUUCCUGAGCCACGGCCAAGUGAAUGGGACAAACGCCUCUCUACUCAUUCUCCUUUCAGAACGCUUAACAUCAAUGGACAGAUUCCCACAGGAGUAGAAGGAGUCAAGAAAGCCACAUUUCAGCCCUGUGAGAGACAGGUCGCUGGGCCAGAGAGUGUGCGUGACUGUCCCUUCAAAGAGGAUGCAGAUGAUGUGACAGAGGGGAAAAAUAUUGCCUCUCACUUUGAAUGGGAGGUUUCAAAGCAUUCAGUAGGCUUUAGUGAGAGCCAAAUGUCAACUGCACUGGAGUCUACACAAAUUCAUGAAUCAGACUCUUUUUCAAUAAGCAGCAAGGAGCAAAAAGAGGAGGGUGCCACUGCUCUUGAGAGCAAGGAAGAUCUAAGGUGUGAAAAGGGAUUUUGCUCAAAUAUGGAAAAGGAAGCUGAGGAUUUUAAACAGGCUGAGGUGGAAGUAUCUGUAAUCCCUGUUUCACCUCCACUGUACCUCCAUGAGCAAGAGGAGGAAGCCUGUGGUUUUGAAGAAACAAAAUUUACCAACAAGCCACUUAGAGAGCUAAAUGGAGAAUAUUACAAUCCAAAUGUUGAUCAUGAAUUUCCUGCUCUCAUUCGCUGUUACCAGCCCCCUCUUGUGAAAACUCAGACUGUUACCAUCUCCGAUGUGUCUAAUACUGUGAAAAGUGAAAUCCCAACUAAAGACGUCCCAAUUGUCCACACAGAAACCAAGACUAUAACUUACGAAGCUGCACAGAUUGAUGAUGGCAAUGGGGAUUUAGAUCCUGGAGUUCUCCUAACUGCUCAGACUAUCACUUCAGAGACCACCAGCAGCACUACGACCACACAGAUAACGAAGACUGUAAAAGGUGGAAUUUCAGAAACACGAAUUGAAAAACGAAUUGUCAUCACUGGAGACACAGACAUUGAUCAUGAUCAAGUUCUUGUUCAGGCCAUCAAAGAAGCUAAAGAGCAGCAUCCAGAUAUGUCUGUGACCAAGGUUGUCGUUCAUCAGGAGACUGAGAUUGCAGAAUAAAUAGUUUAUACCAGGUGAUGCCUGCUUCAUUCUUUGAAGGCCACCCAAGACAUACCAGCAGAACUACAAAGAAACUUUCGAACACCAUGACCUCAAACUUGCCAGAUUUAUUCUCAGUCACACAUUCUAUCAUUUAUUGUUAGGAAGUUAUGCUUUUUGAUGUUUACUCGGGAUUAUCUUUAAUACUAUAUGUCCCUUUUCAUUGUUUUUAAUAUUGUGACCAAAAAAUUGCCAUAUUUUACAUGUGCUGAUGUGCUUUUUUUUAAAAAAAAAUCAUUUUUUUCAUUUCCUUUUCCUAUGCCAUUUUCUGAAUCUGUAUUAAGAUGUCAAAAAGAGUACACAGGGCUUAUCAAAAAUGUUGCCUUCAAGUGUGAUGAUAUUCACCUUUCUGUUCCUCAAGUAGCUUGCAUUCUCUCCUACCUUUUGAAUAGGUUACCGUGUGGCAUAUCAGUGACUUAGAAGUAGCCACCCUCGUCAGAAAAAUCACUGUGUGCAAAACUUUAAUUUGAUUGGUCGCUCUAUAAAAUGUCCAGAGUAUCCUAACCACAGCGUACUUGGCCUGUGGAUUUCCUUCGCUUUUGUGGAUAUGUCUGUCUUUAGAUGCUUGAACAUAUCCAGAGGUUGUGGUGUUUAUAUAAGUAAUUCAGUAGUUGCCUAGGUUCAGGGACAAUUGCUUUUUUAUACUGUGAAUUGUAAAGCUUUUAAAUGAAUUGUGGUAAGGCAUUCAACUUUCAUCUGCUCUUUCCUCCCUCCACCUUUGUUUUCCUUCACAGUCCUCAGUAGAUGUUUCUUGUAAUCCUAUCUGCUGUUUAGCCCCAUUAAGCUACGAGUUUAAGAGUAAGAGACCCUGAGCACAAUUAAGUUAGGCUGUGAUUUAUCAUGGUGGGUUUUUUUUUUACCCCAUAGUCAUUUGUAGGUUUGGGUGGAGGGUUUUGUUUUUUGUUUGUUUUUUUGUGCAAGGGCGGGGGAGAGGCAAAUAAAGAUUUAAAAUCAUACCUUUUAAACAAAAGCUAAAUCUAGAGCUCUGGCAAUGCAUCUGGAUAAGGGGUAUAAUUCCUAUUCAGUUGUUAAAGACAAUCUGGCAUUCCUUUCAUGAAGAUGGUAUUGAAGGCUAUCAGUCAGAAUAGGAUCUUGUUUCCUCAAUGAAAAGUUAUUUGGAGAGGGAAUAUAUUAAUUUCCAUCAGAAGACAGUACUCUGUCGCUUUUCUUGGGGGCAACCCUAACCAUGGUUCACUGGUGCUGUAUCUCUCUCCCUUGUUUGCUUUAGAUCAUUUAGAACUUCUUAUAAAAGGACUUGCUUUCCCUCAAAAACAACAGCAGCAGCAGCAACCCAUGAACAGAGGUUGUUGCCCUUGGUAAAUGAUGCCCUUAGCUGUUAAAUUAGAAUGAAAGAGUAGAACUCAGCAUUGGUUGCUGUCCUCAGCACCUUAGUACUGUACGUAUUGUGUCAUCAUAGAAAGCUACGGUAUGUACCACCUGGGGAAUAUGUUCAGGGAAAGAGCAAUAAGUAAUUUAUGAAAGGGGUCAGUGGGAGUUUUUUUAAAAAAAAUAAUGCUGAUUUUUCAUUACUUUCAAACAAAAGACAGAUACUACUCUUUUUCAAAAUACUUCACUUUUCUAUGUGUAUUGCAAUCUGCAUGUUCAGUUAUUGGACUCCAGUUUGGAAUUCCCAUCUUUCAAAAAUAGAUAGACCAUUGCUUAGUUGGAUGGUUCUUUUUUCCUAAAAUAUGUGAAAGCUCUGUAAAGAUACAACAAGAAGCAGCUCUACCUUUUCUUAGAAAAACUCAAUUUCAGUAAAUAAAAGCUUUCAUUUACUAUUUGGAAUAACGCAACCCUCUGUCAUAUUGCAUGUUCCUUUCCCCCUCAAAUGUGAGUGCAUUUUGAUUAAAGAGCCAGUAGGAAUAUUUUAGGAUUGAAAGAUUUAAAAGUAGUGGUAUGUGAAAUAUUUUGAAUACAAAACAUCCCAUUUGAGCUUGAAACCACAAUUUUACAUUCAAAAUGAAGUGUUUGUAACAUUUUAGAAGUGUUUUGAGAUGGAAUGCUGUUUGGUCAGUUUUGCUUUAAUAUGCUCUGGACAUUACAUCAUGUUUCCAAUGAUUGCUGAUUGAUGCCAGAGGGAAGCCCAUCUGGAAACAGAUCCUGCUUCCCCCCCCCCCCCAGGAAAAUAAACAUAGGAUUGAGUUGUAAUAGAAUUAAUGAAAGUAAUUGUGAAAGCAGUAGAGUAAGCUUCCUAGCAAUCUUACACUGAACUAGAAUAAACUCUGGGCACUUAAUCUAUUUAUUACAAAACUAGCUAUUUAUUGUGGAAGACAACUGUUUGGUACACUUUGACUGGUGCAAAAUAUAUUUCUGCUGCUUUUACUGCUCUUUUAUUCAAAGCAUAUAGCAGUUUUGAAAUAAUCCUAUUAUUUAUUACGGAAUUCUAUUAUUCAUGAAGUUUGUAUUCCAUAUGGUUUAUAAGUACAGCUGUAAUUGAGCAUGAUUUUUGUACACUAUGGAUAGCUAGCCAAUGAUGUUCUGCUCUGUUUAGCUAACCUACACAUUCUUGCAUGGAAUGUGAAUCCCGCAUUAAAGGAUAUUACCUUUACAUGAUGAGGGGAAUGCAUUUCAGAUUGUAUCUCUUCCUGGCCUUCUUUACAUCUAUUGCUCUCCCAUUUUCAGAGUUUUCUACCACCUUACCUUUUGACCUCCAUUUUCAUUCAUGCACUAGGGUUAAUUUCACUGAUUCACCAUUUUUUGUGUUGUGGAAUAGAUGAUUCCCAUCUUCCCUUUUUCUGAUUUUUAGCUUAUUUACUAAAAGUGUGAAAUGAAAUCUGCAAUAAGUAUUGCAUUAGAGUGCAAUAAGGGAGUCCAAGGUGGGAUGGUAUAUCUGCAUUGUGUCAUUACCUGCCUCCUUUUACAAUAAUCAGAAGCAUUUAGCAGUUUGUGUAAGUAUUUAGGAUAUUGUUUUCCUAAAUAUAACUUAGGAAUAUGUUAGUUUCAUGAAAUUCUAAAAAUCACAGGACACAUGUGGAUGGAAAAGAUGAAAAACUAUUCUACGAGAUAAAAGGAUAAAGAUUGCAAUUGGGCAACAAGACAGCUGGAUUCCUGAGACAAAGAAAAGUAAGGAUCAUUCAAAUUUACUAUUUUUUUCUUUUUGUUUCUAUAUAUUCAUUAGCAAGGCAAUUUGAAUUCAGGAGUUUAAUAAAAGUUUUGCUUUCCUACUUAUGGCCAGGCAUAAGACCUCCACCUUCCUUUGAGUAUGCCUGAAGAUAAAAAGCAUUGUAAGGCAAUAAAAACUUCAUAUUUUUGCAGAUUAAGCUGAUUUACAUGAUAUACAUCGGAAUGUCCAACCUUGGCAACUUUAAGACUUGAGGAUUUCAAUUCCCAGAAUUCCCUGUCCAAUCAAGUCUUAGACACAGUUGGAUACCCUGAUAAACCUAAAUGAUUGUGUUAUGUUACUCUGCUUCUGAUUAUUGUAAUGGAACAUUUUAAACCCCUAUGCACAUACACACCUUCCUUUCACUGGCAGUCUAAUUGUGCAACAACUCCUGCCAGCUUUUAUUACCUAUUGUCCCAAAACUACAAAACUAAACUUCACACUAGCAAAGGCUGAAAGAGUUUAAGGGUCCUCUUUUAAACCUCUUAGGAAUGUGAAUCCUGAGGCAUAGGGAUUAUUUUCUUUUCUGAAAUUCCUUCCUGCAUAUAGUGUAAAUCCACUUUCUGAUACGAAGAGGGUUUAUGUUUACCAUCUGAGCUUGUAAAUUGGCACUCCUGCUGGCAGCCUUUGUAACUGAACAAGAGUUGUGAGUUUGUUUCCUCCUGGCUGCUUAUAUCCUGCAAAUGAGCAAUAUUUUAUUUUGUAUAGCCAAGCAUGCUGGAAAAAUAAAGAAAGGAGCUAAUAAAUCCUUUUAAAAUGCAUUUGCCAAGCUAAUUUAGCUUUCCACAGCAGACAGAAUGAAAACAACUUAGUUUUAGGGUACUAGAAACGUGGCCUGAACUGUCUGCCAUUGACAAUAGGGAUUUUCACGUUUUGAGAAGGAAUAGCAUUUGUAGGCUGUUUGUACUCACAAUGUGCCGCCAUCACCUUAACAGAUCACUAAAUAAACCAGCUUCUAGCAUUCUCGUUUUCUGGGGACCAGCACUGCCAUUACUGGAACAGUAAAUAAAAUAUAGUCUAUUUAUUUAUAAUGAUGAAAUGACUAUGCUCCCAGUUAUUUCCUUCCCCAUUUAUGAGAUUAUCUAGAAACUCUCUUAACUGUAUAGUAAAUGGAAGCUAUUUAUCUAUGAAUGUGUGUACAGAAGGAAGAGCAGCAGUAUCCAAAUUGGUCAAAUUAGAAGGAAAAAAAUAGAUUUUCACUUGCCAACAAUUAAAGUACAAAUUAACUUUGGGGACUUGAGAGGGUGUUGGGGAUUCAUAAACUGUGAUUUUUUUUCCAUUUUCAUACAAGGGGCAGUUUUUAAAAAAAUGUAUUCUAAUUAUUGGGGGGGGUGUUGGUUCUCUUUUUUACACAUUAAAUCACACUAUUUCACUGCAGAUAUGAAGGAGCUUUGUAAAUUUUUUAAAGACAAUUGUAUAGAAUAGUUCAUUCUUUUUAAAAAAAGUAGGAACAGAAUAAACAAUUAGUAAAUCUUUAUAGUUUAUGUAGUUGUUAUUUUGGACUUUUGUAGUUAAAGAAAAAUUAGAUGUAGCAUUUAGAUAUGUGUUCAAUCUUGUAUUGCAUUUUUCAAUAAAUUUUCAGGUAAAAAAUGA